ACGGUGAGUAGUCAGCGAUGACGUUGGUGACUGUGACGAUUGCCGGUGAAUCCAAGUCAAACCGGCCGCGGCCAGGUUUCUUGUUCCUAUCUCCUCUCCUAUAAAUAAAUUUUGUCGACAGGAGAUCGGAUUGCACCAAGAACCAGCCUCCGAUCUUCCCUGCACUCAAAUCGAUAUCAUCAUCCACCUCAAAAAGAGAAUCGGCAAUGGCAAUAGCCGAGACUUUCUUCAUAUCGCACGGCUCCCCGACGCUCUCCAUCGACGACUCUCUGCCGGCCAGGCAUUUCUUGAAAUCCUGGGAGCAGAAGGUAUACCAAAAGGAGAAACCCCAGGCGAUCCUCAUCAUCUCCGCCCACUGGGACACCAAACUCCCUUCCGUCAACGUCGUUGAUCGCAACGACACCAUUCACGACUUCUAUGGCUUCCCCAAACAGAUGUAUGAGCUGAGGUACACGCCACCAGGAGCGCCCAGAUUGGCAAAGAGGGUAAAGGAGCUGCUGAUCGGAUCUGGGUUUGAUGAAGUAGUGGAAGACAAGAAAAGAGGAGUGGAUCAUGGAGCUUGGGUGCCAUUGAUGCUCAUGUAUCCAGAGGCUGACAUUCCAGUGUGUCAAUUAUCUGUUCAGUCUGACAGAGACGGAACGUAUCACUACAACAUGGGCAAGGCAUUGGCUCCAUUGAGACAGGAAGGCGUGCUCAUCAUCGGCUCUGGCUCAGCUACUCACAAUUUGAGAGCUCUGGGCAGUUCUGAUAGCUCCAUUGCUCCCUGGGCUCAGCAGUUUGAUACUUGGCUUAAGGACUCCCUCAUCGAAGGAAGAUAUGAAGAUGUGAAUCACUACGAAGUAAAAGCGCCACACGCGAAGAAGGCUCAUCCAUGGCCAGAACACUUCUUUCCUCUUCAUGUUGCAAUGGGCGCUGCUGGUGACAGCUCCGAGGCCAAGCUUAUCCACCAGAGCUGGAGUCUUGGCACACUUUCCUAUUCCUCUUACCAGUUUACAGCAGCAGACUAGUGACUAGCCAGUCCACUCUUGCUUGCUUGGUUUAUGUUUGUUUGGCCAAUUUGUAUUAUGUAACCUAAGAACCUUGUGAAAUCUGUGUGUAAACUGUAGUCCAUUUGUGCGUGUGAAUGGAUCUAUAGCAACUUUUCGUUCUUCUCUCGUAUAGACAUAAAUUGUGAGAGGUCCAAACUUUUGAGUUUCCACUGUGAGUUCUGUUUGUAAACUAAAGCAGCUUGUUGUAAUGACACUUUUGGUUUCACAGAUGACAUAUCUUGAAUAAAGAUUAUAACUUCAUAGCUCACUAACAUUUUGCAGCACAUGUUUGGAAGAAAAGAAGAGAAGAGUAUGUAUGCCCUUUGCUACUGCUAGGCUUUCAAGUUUCAACUGACUAACAGAGGAUUGAGCAGAGCUCCAAGAAACAAAACCGAACCAGAAUUCUCCUCCACAAUCGUGAACACAAAAGGAUGGUCAGCAACAAAGCUCGGAGGAGCCGCCGACCUACAACGAAGUCCUCUAAUCCUCCCUGCACUACUACCUGCAGCUUCAGUUCCUUCCUCAUUCACUUCAAUCAUCGUCUUGUGAAACACCUUCGACAGGACAACCGGUUCAUCCGCUAUCUCCACCAUUCCGUUCAACCCAUACAUAUCACAGAAGGGCAGCACCAGUCCAAGCUCCAUCAUACUACUCGAAGCCUCAACCUCGAACUCGAACUUGAACCUCGGGAUCCAUACAGGCGAAACGACUCUCUCUGCCACCUGUGGGUUCAGCAUCAUGGGUUCUGCUCUGAUCCUAUCCAACAAACCAGCCAGCCCGUCUCUGGCGUUGGGAAGGAAGAAGCACAUGGAGAAACGGCGGCUGUCAUGGUCUGAUCCGGUUUGGUAUGGCAUCUUUACCACCUGAUGGUCGUUUGAGGAAGCGUAGAGGUGUUUCUGGUUGGCGUCUGUGGCCAUGAAAGGAACUUGGAUGGCGCUGCCGGUUAAGGUGUGGAAGUCUCUCUGGUGUGUCUUGGAGAUGUCGAAUGGGAUGCUCCAUGUUCCUCUGAAGUAGAGUGCGUUUCCAACAUGAAACAGGGGAACACAGCGCAGAAAGGCGUGAAUUGCAACCUCUUCCAUCAAAUUAUGUACAUGGUUAGAACUUGGAACUUACAAGUUCGAGAAAGUCAACUUCUUUUGCUGUCGCACGAUAGACACUUCUCACAAUUUGCUCAAAUGGAGCUUUCAGCUUGAAACGAUGAUCCAGCCAAGCGCCAUUCACAAACGAUACGAUAGGGCCAUGACUGAUGUCGUCGUUGUCAUUUUCAGGCGGUAGCAGUACUGAGGAAACGAGAUGGGAAGCCAAGAAGUUGAGUUCAUCAACACCAUCGAUCCCCAUGAAGGUAAGCAUCUGUUUGAGAGUAGGGCCUUCUGAGCCCAGAGCAAUGAGGCUUAACAUGGAGUGGAACGAAAGUGGGGAGAAAGCGAAGUUCGAUCUUUCUCCGUUCUUUGCUGCUAGUUUGUUCAUCAGCACGUGGAGUCCGACGAGGAUUGAACAAGGGUUGAUGUUGAAUUUGGUGAUGCGCGGGCUCAGUUGAUGCUCCAUGUUGAUCUCCAUUGUUUGGUUCCAAAGGAAGAAUUAGCAGAUGAUGAGAGCAAGGAUUUUUUCUUUUCCUCCUGUUAAGGUCUGUAAUCAGACCUUCCUAUGCAAGUUUGCAAAUAAAAUAUUGUACAGCCAGUUU